UCUUGUAUAAGAGGACAUCGGGUUAAAAAAUGCAACCAUACAGAUAAACAGCUAUUUCCUGUUCUUAAAAGAGGCAGACAAAUUUCACAGUGCACUCAUUGUCGAGAUUUAAGGAAAACAAAACAGAUCCACAUUAAGUGUACUUGUGCAGUCUCUAGCGGUAAUGUACAUAAAAAAAAAAGUCUGAUAUUCUAUUGCUAA